ACCUUUACGGUGCACGAAAACCUCAUCAGAGAUGGACACGACUUCUUUCACGCUGCCAUGGACAAGAGAUGGAAAGAAGGCCAGCGACACGAGAUCGAGCUGCCUGACGACCAGCCUGAAGUGAUCGGCUCUUUUAUCGAGUGGCUGUACACAGAGAAAAUUGCUGUCACAUCUACCCACCUCCUGCAGAACGAAGACAGCGACAAGCAGUACAUCCGGCUUGCUCACCUGUACGUGUUCGGCGAGAAAGUACAGAGCGUUGCCUUCAGAAACGCAGUCUUGUCGGCCAUCCUCAUGGCACGCGAUGGCGCGGGAACAAUCACUUCUACCUACAGCCCUAUCAGAGAAGCUGUCCGGGUGAUCUACAGUGGUACGGUUGCUGGAUCGCCAGCACGUAAGCUCAUGGUCCACAUCCACGUUGAGACUGGACAUUCGGAUUGGUUUGGAAAGGAUGCGACACUCCAUUGCCCGGAGUUCUUGUUCGAUAUUGCGAUC